AGAUGCUGGAAGCAGAUCUGGUUUCAAAGAUGCUACGAGCAGUUCUACAGUCUCAUAAAAAUGGGAUAGCAUUACCUCGCCUCCAAGGAGAGUACCGAUCCUUGACUGGAGACUGGAUCCCCUUUAAACAACUUGGUUACUGUACUCUGGAAGACUAUCUGAGAAGUGUGCCAGCAGUUGUCAGAAUAGAUACUAGUAGAUCUGGAGAGAUUACCUGCCACGCUGUGGCCUGCACAGAAACUGCAAGAAUUGCUCAGCUUGUGGCUUGUCAGAGGAGUUCUAAAAGGAAAAUUGGGCGGCAAGUUAAUUGUCAGAUGAGAGUGAAGAAAACCAUGCCAUUUUUUCUAGAAGGAAAACCAAAAGCAACCCUCAGACAACCAGAACUUGCUUCAGCUUUUUCUAUCAGCAAAAGACCUAAUCCAACCCUGUUAAGAGACAAAGGAAAUUCUCUUGGGAUUAAGUUUGAUGCCGAAACACCACCUUACCCAGUACACAGGACUAUUGGAAAUGAAGUAUUCAGAGACAUUCCAAUGCAGAGGCAUGUGGCCAUGUCUACCAACAACAGGUUUAGCUCCAAGGCACCCCACCCACCACCUUUUCAGAUGCAUCUCUUAAGAACCUGUACUAAGGAAGUGAGUGAUAAUUUAAAUAAGACUGUUGAAAAAACAAAUGUCAUGCCUCCUGCCUCUCACACUUACAAAAUGGAUGAGGUUCAAAAUCGCAUAAAGGAAAUGCUAAACAAGCAUAACAACGGCAUUUGGAUAUCUAAGCUUCCACAUUUUUACAAAGAGUUAUAUAAAGAAGAACUUAAUCAAGGAAUUUUACAACAAUUUGAACACUGGCCUCAUAUUUGUACGGUGGAAAAACCUUGCAGUGGUGGUCAAGAUUUGCUUCUUUAUCCAGCUAAAAGAAAACAGCCUAUGAGAAGUGAACUGGACACUGAAAAAAUGCUUCCAUCCCCUCUACCUGCUUCCAAACAAAUAUCACCAUCAAAAGGGAGUUUAGCCACCAUGCCAGGAGAAAUCAAAGAGAAAGUGGCAGAGCUGCUGGUGAAGUACUCCAGUGGCCUUUGGGCUAGUGCACUCCCCAAAGCAUUUGAAGACGCGUACAAAGUAAAAUUCCCUGAGGAUGUUUUAAAAAAUCUUGCCUCACUCUCUGAUGUAUGUAGUGUGGACUACAUUUCUGGAAAUUCUCAGAAGGCUAUUCUCUAUGCUAAACUUCCAUUGCCCUUUGACAAGAGCCUGAAAGAUGAAAGGCAAGCACAGGAAAAUGAUACCAAGUCAGCGAUUGAACAAAAAUACUUACAGAUAGAAAAAAACGUUGCCGAAAGCACUGAAACCUUUUUGGAGGACAUAAUGGUUCCUCCUCUAGUCAUUCCAAGUGAGGCAUCCCCAUCUGUAUUGGUGGUUGAACUGAGCAACACAAAUGAAGUAGUUAUCAGGUAUGUGGGCAAAGACUACUCAGCCGCUCAGGAAUUAAUGGAAGAUGAGAUGAAAGAGUUCUACAGUAAGAACCCCAUGGUUGCACCAGUCCAGGCUGUGCUGGUUGGGCAGCUGCUAGCUGUAAACGCUGAGGAGGAUGCUUGGUUACGUGCACAGGUCAUCUCAGCAGAAGAGAACAAGAUGAAGGUAUGCUAUGUUGACUACGGUUUUAGUGAAGUCAUUGAAAAGAGCAAAGCAUAUAAAUUGAACCCGAAGUUCUGGUCACUCUCAUUCCAAGCUACUAAGUGUAAACUAGCAGGGUUGGAGGUUCUCAGUGAUGAUCCUAAUCUAGUGAAAGUGGUCGAAUCUCUAACUUGUGGGAAGAUCUUUGCGGUGGAAAUACUUGACAAGGCAGAUAUUCCACUUGUUGUUCUGUAUGAUACUUCAGGAGAUGAUGAUAUCAAUAUCAAUGCCACCUGCCUGAAGGCCAUGCAUGACAAGUCACUAGAGGUUCACCUUCAGGUUGAUGCCACAUACAUAAAUGUCAAAGUGACAAAUAUUUGCUCUGAUGGAACACUCUUCUGCCAAGUGCCUUGUAAGGGUCUGAACAAACUCAAGGACCUUCUGCAUAAGAUAGAGGAUUACUUCCAUUGCAAGCAUAUGACCUCUGAGUACUUCAUUUCAUUACCCUUCUGUGGGAAAAUUUGCCUCUUCCAUUGCAAAGGAAAGUGGUUACGAGUAGAGAUCACAAAUGUUCACAGCAGCCGAGCUCUUGAUGUUCAGUUCCUAGACUCUGGCAGUGCAACCUCUGUGAAAGUGUCAGAGCUCAGAGAAAUUCCACCUCGGUUUCUACAAGAAGUGAUUUCAAUACCACCUCAGGCUGUAAAGUGCUGUUUAGCUGAUCUUCCACAGUCUGUUGGCAUGUGGACACCAGAUGCUGUGCUUUGGUUAAGAGAUUCUGUUUUGAAUUGCUCAGACUGCAGCAUUAAGGUUACAAAAAUGGAUGAAACCAAGGGGAUCGCAUAUGUGCAUUUAUUUACUCCUACAAAUUUCCCCGAUCCUCAUCGCAGUAUUAACCACCAGAUUACAAACGCAGACCUGUGGAAGCAUCAGAAGGACGUAUUUCUGAGUGCUGUGUCCAGCACAGUCAGCUCUCCCAGCAGCAGAAAUGGCAACAUGCCUGUGGCAAGUAGCACAGGAGAGAAUUUCAAAAAAAGCAUCCCCAAAGUCAUCAAAAAGCCCAUGGUGGACCCUACUAGCUCCUUCUCCAUGGGGGAACUGCCACCACCUCUCCACUUGUCAAAGCCUGGGCAGUACAUGGAUGUGUAUGUGCCUGUGGCCUGUCACCCAGGCUACUUUGUCAUUCAGCCUUGGCAGGAGAUCCAUAAGCUGGAAGUCCUGAUGGAAGAGAUGAUUCUGUAUUAUAGUGUGUCUGAAGAGUGCCACAUAUCACUGGAAAAAGACCAAGUGUAUGCUGCAAAGGUGGAAAAUAAGUGGCACAGGGUGCUUUUAAAAGGAAUCCUGACCAAUGGACUUGUGUCCGUGUAUGAACUGGACUAUGGCAAGCAUGAAUUAAUCAACAUAAGGAAAGUUCAACCCCUUGUGGACAUGUUCCGAAAACUGCCAUUCCAAGCAGUCACAGCUCAACUUGCAGGAGUGAAGUGCAGCCAGUGGUCCGAAGAGGCUUCGAUGGUUUUUCGAAGUCAUGUGGAGAAGAAAGCUGUGGUGGCACUGGUACAAGAAGUUAUUGAAAAUCCUAAUCCUUGGGACCGAAAAGUAGUGGUCUAUCUAGCGGACACAUCGGUGCCAGACACUGAUACCUGGAUUCACGAUUUCAUGUUACAAUAUCCAGUAGAGUCUUCAAAAGUUAAUUAAUUACUGCUUCUGAGACCUUGACAACUAAUUCAGAUAUUUGUUUAGCAAUAACAAAGUGUAGUAGGCUCACAUCUCAUUUCUGCUACAUGGCUCUGACUAUUGUGGGAGAGUGAAAAGAAUAUUUCAGUGUUAAAUGGGGAGAAAUAUUUAAUAAGUUUUGUCUUGACAAGAGUUGACUUUUCAAAGAAAAUUGCACUUGAAUUAUUACUAUAACGUUAGAAUUUUAAAAGUUUAUCAGUAUAAAAACUGGCUGCUUUGUCAUUUGUAGGCUUUAUAAUAUUUAGAUGAAAAUUUCCUCUUCUGUUUGUUUUCUUCCUUUGCAGUACUGGGUUCUUCUCCAGUUAAAUUGAGAGUUUCAUGACCUCCCUCUUCCCUGGUGUGGUGGUAUGUCCCAAAGCAAGUGAUCUCCAAAGCAUGUGAAGACUUAUCUUAAGUCUUUAGCAUAUCAGCACUGCCACAAGAGCCGGCCAGGCAAACCAGCAUGCCCCAUAUUCCAAAUCUUGAGUGGCUUCUCAUUGUCCAGAGUAUCUGGACUCAAGAGCCAGGCUGUUUGUAAUCCUCCUACCCGACCUUGCCCACCACAUCCUGCUGCAGCCACACUGGACCUUUAUCAUCCUUUUACCCCACAUAUGUUCAUCCAGGGCUACUGACACCCUAAAACAAGACUUGCUGCCUUCUGACUGCAUAUACCAGCCCCUCUGCCUGCUACUCAUUCUUCCCACCAAUUAUAUCAGCAGGGCCGGGAUUUAGCUCAAUGGCACUGCGCCUGCCUCGCAAGCACCAGGUCCUGAGUUUGAUCUCUGGUACCAAAAAAAAAUUUUUUUGUCAGUGCCCUGUCUGACUACUUCCUGGGCUGACUGUGAACCUUUCUAUUCCAUUUUACUUUGAUUCUGCCCCUCCUGAUGCCCAUGUCUCACUAAACUUUGUACUACACAACUAAUGGUCAGUGUACCAACUACACCAACUAGAUCAUGAGCCCUUGAGGGACAAGUCUUAAUCAUGUCUUUAUCUGUAAUAUAUUUGUAAAUUUUGAAAACCAGGGACGUGAUCUUUGAUUUACACUGUUUGACAGCUCACAUGCUCUUCACAUUCUCACAUUGUCUUCUGGCUAACAAAGUGAAUAUGGAGGUAGAUGUAGAUACAUAAAAGGUAGGGGAGUGAAGUCAAAUCUAAACGUCUAGGCCUGAUGAUCCUUUCCCAGUUUGACAGGAAGGUUAAAAUUUUGAUUUUGAAUUAAUUGAACUUGAGCUAAUAGACCUCAUGUGAAGAUAUACACAAACUGUUAGAAAUACUGAGUACACUUCAGAGAGGAAAGCCAGGCUAGAGAUAAGCACACUUAAAGUUAUUUGUUUUCAUUUCAGAAAAUACAGAAAAAGAAAAAAGAUGUUUUAAGAUUUUCAUCUUAAAAUUUUUAUUUAAUAUAUUUAAACUGAAAACUUGAGAAUACUUGGGCCAGUAAUUGAAACGAUCAUGAUGAAAUAAAGAUAUUCUGACACGAAAAUGUUUAAGUGAAAUAAAAUACCACACAUUUUAUAGCAGUCUCUUUCCCUAACAACAACAAAGGCAAAAGUUCUCAAAUUAUGUACAAGUAAAGGCAAAGUAGUUUGUUUCAGUGACAAGAAAUGCUACUAUUUUUAAAUAAAAUUAUAUUUGUGUUAGUCUGAUGCUGGGACAGUUAGAUGGAGUUAGCCUCUUCAUUCUAUAUUCCCAAGUCAGUCCUAGGUGGAUUGGAAACCUAAGUGAAAGGUGAGGUCAAAAGAGAACAUAGGAAAAUAUACCUUCCUACCUUUCCAAAAGUAGGAAAUACAUUUUUAACAGGAUACACAAAGUACUACUGAUAAAGAUCGAAAGACUAUUAAAACUGAAAACACCAAUUCAUCAGAAGACAUAAAGGAGAGGCAAAGUACAGAGUGGAAGAAUGUAGUUGAGAUACAUACAGUGGUACCACAAAGCCUUUGGGAGAAGUGGCAGGCAUUCACCACAAGUGUGUGCACUUGGCAGGAGGACACUGGGAGAGAAUGUUCACAGCAGCGCUAUUUAUAAUAAUUAAGCAACCUGAAUGUCCACUAAAAGUAAAAUUGAUUUUUUAAAUUAUGUAAAACACUACAGGGUGCAUGACAUAGUACAUAUUAAUGUCAUAACAGUUGAGCAAAUGAAGUCAAACUGCAGAAGUCCAAGAAAACAAGGAAGGAUGCAACUACCCAAAGGGUCAUCUAUUGGAAGGAGUUGUUACCCAUGAGGAACAGGUUGACUUCUGAGCUACUAACAGUGUGUCCUGACUAAUGCUUGAUUUGCACAUGUGUUCACACAAAAUUAAGGACGCUAACAUGUUCGCGUUUACAUAUUUGAGACCAUAGUAUUUUAAACUAAUCUUAAAUAUUAAAUCACCACUUAUAAAAAUAUAUAUAUGGCAGAGCCAGGUGUGGUGGUGCACACCUGUAAUCCCAGCACUAAG